AUGGCGUGGUUCGAGUAUGGUUCGGGCGCGAUUCGGAUCGUGGUGUUCGAGCGUGGCUCGGCCGUGGUUCGUGCUUGGUUCGUGCGUGGCUCGGGCGUGGGGACCGGGAACGGCCUCCGAUUCUAUUGGGGCUUGGGCUACACGAAGGCGCAGAACAAGAACUCUCUGGGCUUCGUCUUCGGGAAGCUGCACGAGCCCUACCUCGAGGACCUGUGCCGGCUGGUGCGGGCCACCGCGGAGCGCGUGAGCGCGUGCCGGGUGUGCGUGAUGGGCUACAGCAUGGGCGGCUUCGGGGCCUACCAGGUCGCCUCCCACGACCCGGGCGCCUUCGACGCCGCCGUGCCCGUGGCCGGCUACGGCCUGGGCACCCUGGAGCCGCCGGACCGCGGCUACGGGGCGCCGCAGCCAGCGUCCGCGCGGGUGUUCGAGGAGUGGCUGCGGGCCGCCGCGCCCAGGCUGGCCAGGCUCCCGCUGCUGCUGGUGGUGCACGCGGAGCGGGACGCGGAGAGCUCCGUGCGCGACGCGCGCGCCAUUGUGGCCCGCGUCCGCGCCGAGGGCGGCUGCGCGAGGCUCGCCGCGGUGCCAGACGAGGCGGCCGACUCCGACCCAGGGCGCAAGGGGGCGCGGCGGGGCCAUCGGUGCGCCCUGCCGCCUGCCCACCGGUGGCAGCGAUGGCGUCGUGGGAGGGCCAGUCGAGGCGACGCUUAAGUCGGGCAUGUCUUCCUGGAGGAGGAAUUCUCAA